AUGGCUGGCAGCAUGGCUCCCUUGGGGGUGAAGAAGGAGAGGGCGGCGGAGUACAAGGGGCACAUGACGUUCGCCGUCGCCAUGGCGUGCAUCGUCGCCGCCAUCGGGGGUUCCAUCUUCGGCUACGACAUCGGCAUCUCCGGAGUGAACACCAUGGACCCGUUCCUCGAGAGGUUCUUCCCGGUGGUGUUCCGGCGGAAAAACUCGGCCAGCCUAAACAACUACUGCAAGUACGACAACCAGGCUCUCUCCGCCUUCACCUCCAUCCUCUACCUUGCCGGGCAAGUCUCCACACUUGCGGCGGCGCCGGUGACAAGGAACUACGGCCGCCGCGCCAGCAUUAUUUGCGGCGGCAUCAGCUUCCUCAUCGGCGCGGCCCUCAACGCCGCAGCCGUGAACCUCACAACUCUCAUCCUUGGCCGCGUCAUGCUUGGCGUCGGCAUCGGUUUCGGCAAUCAGGCUGUGCCGCUCUACUUGUCGGAGAUGGCGCCGGCGCACUUGCGCGGCGGGCUCAACAUGAUGUUCCAGCUCGCGACGACGCUUGGCAUCUUCUCGGCCAACAUGAUCAACUACGGCACGCAGAAAAUCAAACCGUGGGGGUGGCGCCUCUCGCUGGGCCUCGUCGCGGCGCCAGCACUGCUGAUGACGAUCGGCGGGAUCCUCCUCCCGGAGACGCCCAACAGCCUCAUCGAGCGCGGGCGCGUUGAGGAGGGCCGGCGCGUGCUGGAGCUGAUCCGCGGCACCGCGGACGUCGACGCUGAGUUCACAGACAUGGCGGAGGCGAGUGAACUCGCCAACACCAUCACGCACCCGUUCCGGAACAUCCUUGAGCGACGUAACCGGCCGCAGCUGGUGAUGGCCGUGUGCAUGCCGGCGUUCCAGAUCCUGACGGGAAUCAACUCCAUCUUGUUCUACGCGCCGGUGCUGUUCCGGAGCAUGGGCUUCGGCGCCAGCUGGUCCCUCUACUCCUCCAUGCUCACCGGUGCGGUGCUCUUGUUCUCCACCAUUAUUUCCAUCGCCACCGUCGAUCGCCUGGGGAGGAGGAAGCUCCUCAUCAGCGGCGGCAUCCAGAUGAUCGUUUGCCAGGUGAUCGUGGCGGCGAUCCUCGGGGUAAAGUUCGGUGCGGACAAGCAGCUGUCCCGGAGCUGCUCGAUCGUGGUGGUGUUCGUCAUCUGCCUCUUCAUGCUCGCGUUCGGGUGGUCGUGGGGUCCGCUUGGGUGGACGGUGCCGAGCGAGAUCUUUCCGCUGGAGACGCGGUCGGCGGGGCAGAGCAUCACGGUGGCCGUCAACCUUUUCUUCACCUUCGUCAUUGCGCAGCUGUUCCUGUCGCUGCUCUGCGCCUUCAAGUUCGCCAUCUUCAUCUUCUUUGCUGGUUGGAUAGCCGUCAUGACCGCCUUCGUCUAUGUCUUCCUGCCGGAGACCAAGGGCGUGCCCAUCGAGGAGAUGGUGAUGCUCUGGAGCAAGCAUUGGUUCUGGAAGAUCAUCAUGCCAGCAAUGCCAACGAUGCCGCUCGAGAACGGCUUGGGACCAAGUGACAUUUGUUAA